UCAAAUUUUGAGAAAAACCCAAAAUUCUUAAGGAAUUGGAAAAUAACCCCCAAAUCCUUCUCUAACACCCUGUACGUUCCUUCAAACUUGAACCCUACGCCCAAAGCCUUCUUUAUCUCUUCGUUGUUUGAAACUCUUGUGCAAAAUGUCAAACUCGAAAACUCCACAAGACGUAGAGCUCCUGAAAUCCGAUAUAGCUUCAUUUGCUUCCUCUCUUGGCUUCUCCACCGAUGCUUCCCUCCCUUACUCGGGUUUCAACGAUGUCGAUUUUCGCAAAACUGGUUCCCUUAAACCUCCAAAGCCCCCGAGAACCCCAAACAACGAAAAACGGAGUUCCCAACUUCAGAAGAAACCUAACAAUACCCAUGUCCCAAAAACUGAUAAAAACACCAAAAACAACCAAAGACCCAAGCCUAAGCCUCCAGUUUUGUCACUUGAAGACACCAAUAAGAAUGAUAGUGUUUUUAGAGAACGUGACAAGUUUAAGAAUGUGCCAGCUUUGCCUUUGGUGAAAGCGAGUGCUUUGAGUGUAUGGUACGAGGAUGAGUUGGAGUUGGAGAAGAAAGUGUUUGGAGAAGAAGGGAAAGGGAAGAAGGCUAUGGAAGUUAGAAAUGUGGACGAGUGGAAGAGAUUGGUAGAGAAAAAGAGGGAACUUGGGGAGAGAUUGAUGUGGCAAUAUGCGAAAGAUUAUGAGUUAUCGAAAGGGAAGUCUGGGGAUAUGAAGAUGGUGUGGGCUAGUCAGAGGUCAGGGACGGCUGCUGAUAAAGUUUCUGCUUUUUCAUUCGUUGUUGCAGAUAAUCCUGUUGCCAAUUUGAAGUCGCUUGAUGGGCUUUUGGGGUUAGUGACAUCGAAAAUUGGAAAGCGUUAUGCAUUUACGGGAUAUGAAGCAUUAAAAGAACUUUUUAUUUCAAAGUUAUUGCCUGAUCAAAAGCUGAAAACACUUUUACAGCGUCCUGUUAAUGACCUUCCAGAGACAAAAGAUGGUUAUUCUCUUCUACUUUUCUGGUAUUGGGAGGAUUGCUUGAAGCAGAGGUAUGAACGUUUUGUCAUUGCAGUGGAGGAGGCUUCAAGAGAUAUGUUACCUGCUCUGAAAGACAAGGCACUGAAGACCAUUUAUGUACUGCUAAAGAGCAAAUCAGAGCAAGAACGCAAGCUGCUGUCUUCACUAGUUAACAAACUUGGAGAUCCUCAAAAUAAGGGUGCGUCAAAUGCUGACUUUUAUUUAUCAAACCUUCUAUCCGACCACCCUAAUAUGAAGGCUGUGGUUAUUGAUGAAGUGGAUGCUUUUCUUUUUCGGCCUCAUUUAGGACUACGUGCAAAGUACCAUGCUGUCAACUUUUUGAGCCAAAUUCGUUUGAGUCACAAAGGAGAUGGACCAAAGGUAGCAAAACGUUUGAUAGAUGUAUACUUUGCACUUUUUAAGGUACUGAUUACUGAGGCAGGAAGAAGUCAGCCACUGGAUAACAAAAGCAACAAGGCAGUAAAAGGUACUCCUAGGUCUAUGGAGAACAAACAAAAAGGUAGUGAAGGAUCUCAUGUUGAAUUGGAUUCAAGACUUCUGUCAGCUCUCUUAACGGGAGUUAAUAGAGCAUUUCCUUAUGUUUCAAGCAAUGAAGCUGAUGACAUUGUUGAUAUUGAGACACCAAUGCUCUUCCAACUGGUUCAUUCCAAGAACUUCAAUGUUGGAGUUCAAGCAUUAAUGCUUCUUGAUAAAAUCUCGUCCAAGAAUCAGGUUGUCAGUGACCGAUUUUACCGGGCCUUGUACUCAAAACUCUUACUUCCAGCUGCUAUGAAUUCUUCUAAGGCAGAAAUGUUUAUUGGACUUCUUCUGAGAGCCAUGAAAAGUGAUGUCAAUUUGAAACGUGUGUCUGCCUUUUCAAAACGUAUAUUGCAGGUUGCACUUCAACAACCAGCCCAAUAUGCAUGUGGUUGCCUUUUUCUUAUCUCGGAAGUUCUCAAAGCAAGGCCACAAUUGUGGAAUAUGAUGCUCCAGAAUGAGUCAGUUGAUGAAGAUCUUGAACACUUUGAAGAUAUUAUAGAGGAAACAGACACUGAACUGAGCUUGGCGUCAAAGAAAGAAGAAAAUAAUACUGGUGUCCAUGGUGGUGAAGCUGCUAACUCUGGUAUUGAUUCUUCAGAAGAUGAAGAUGUCUUGCCAUCCUCUUAUUCUGAUGAUGCUUCUGAUGAUGUGGAUGAAUUGUUUGUAACAGAGAGUUCAAAGGAUCUGCAUAAAACCAAAUCAAUAUCUGACCAAAAUGCACUGAAACCUCAAGUAUCCUCAACCCAGUCUUUCCUGCCUGGAGGAUACAAUCCAAGGCACAGGGAACCUUCUUAUAGCAAUGCAGAUCGUGCAAGCUGGUGGGAGCUGAUGGUACUUUCAACGCAUGUUCACCCCUCAGUUGCCACCAUGGCUGCCACCCUUCUGUCUGGUGUCAAUAUUGUUUACAAUGGAAACCCAUUGAAUGAUCUAUCACUUACCGCCUUUCUAGACAAGUUUAUGGAGAAGAAACCAAAAGCAAGCUCAUGGCACGGUGGAUCCCAAAUUGAACCUGCCAAGAAGCUUGAUAUGAGUAACCAUUUGAUUGGACAAGAGAUUCUGUCAUUAGCUGAAACAGAUGUUCCCCCUGAAGAUCUUGUCUUCCACAAAUUUUAUGUGAACAAAAUGAAUUCCUCAAAGAAACCAAAAAAGAAGAAGCAGAAGAAAAGCGCAGAGGAAGAAGCUGCUGAAGAAUUGUUUGAUGUUGGUGGCAAUGACAUGGAUGAUGAUUAUGUGAAUGGCGAUGAUGACAGUGAUAACGAAGAGAUUGAUAAUAUGUUGGACUUGGCCAAUCCUUCUCCAGAUGCAGAUGGGGACUAUGAUUAUGAUGAUCUAGACCAAGUUGCCAAUGAAGAUGAUGACGACUUGAUUGGUAAUGCCAGUGAUGCAGAGAUGGACUUACCCUUGGAUGAUGCUGAUGGAGAGGACUUUGGUGCUGAUGCCGGCAAUGAUUGGAUUGAUGAUAAUGGUGAUGAUGCUGUUGCUAUUGGAGAUGCAGAUGAUCUUAGCGAUGGUGAGGAUGGAUUUCAUCAAAGAAAAAGGAAACGAAAGUCUGGCAAAAGGGCUUCAGUAUCUCCCUUUGCAAGUUUUGAAGACUAUGAGCAUUUGCUAAACGAGGAUAGUCCAACAGAGAAAGAAUCCAUAAUAAGAAAAAAAAGGCCCAAGCCAGGGAAAAAGAAGUCAUCUAAGUGAAUCCUGGCUUAUUCAGAAUCUCAUGGUAUCACAUUGUGAACGUUUUGUUUUAUGAUGUGCCAGAGGAUUGAUCCCUUGAACUUGUACCCUCCAUCAAUGAUGGAAGAGACAUGCCUCGCUCUGGAUGAAGGAAUGAACAAUAUCCCCAACUUCUAGCGUCUGGAGAAGCAAAAAGCUCGUAACUAUGGUUCCUAGUAUUUUCACCAUUUUCUGGAAGCAACAUGCCUGGGGAGUGGAGGGCAAGGAAUUAUCUAAGCAAGAAAAUUGUUUUUUUUUUUUUUUCUCUUACAUACUAAUAUUAUUGUAUUAGUUAUUUGUUAUUGUUGUCAUCUUAUAAACAAGUACAUGUCCGAUGGAAAUUUUGGUGGCAAGUGGUAUUAUGUUUGGGGAUUGACGAAUUCUUAAACGAGCAGAAGGGCUAGUGCUUCAUUGAGUAAACUGUUUAAAGUUCACUUUUACUCAUCACAUGCAUGUGGCCCUUUAUUAAAUGGCUUAACUCUCCUUGAACCUGAUCUU